UUUUACAAAAAAAUGUGGCUUGUUUUAAUGUUUGUUUUAAUGUACAGUACUGUGAUACUCUAUUGAAUAGUACAUUGAUUCGUUCUAAUUGUGCAUUAUGACAUUAAUGUGUUUUGUUUGUAUUUGGUUUUUGACGUUAGCUCGACAUUUCCCUGGCUGUAUGCAUGUAUUUUCGCUUUAAAUUUAUAACUAAUAUACUGUAUACUGUAGUCCAGUAAUGUAUAGCAUUUUCAUCACUGUUGUGUGCAUGCGCAGUAACUACUUUUAUUUCGAGAUUAUAACAAAAAACAUAAGAUAACUAGUGGAUGCCGCCAAAGGAUAUCCUGUACUUUUAUAUAUUCGCAGUGAAGUGAACUUGAUAACAGCAUAGUACUUUUACCGAACACCAACCGUGGUCAUCUCACUACCGUGCUCACAUUUACAGCAGUAUCACAUUACAGCGAUAAACGACUUGGAUUUACGAUUUUGAUUGAAUAUAAACACUGUGCGUAUUGUGCAUAAUAAUAACAACGAUGAUGAUGAUGAUCUGUCUUCCGUCAAGCGCCCACACCGUCGGGCGCUUCUAUCAGUAAAUUUCUUUCUCGUCACGAUAACAUUACAACAGUGUCAAUUACACACUAGCCACGGCAAAAUUAGUAAAACAAACUUAUCGGUGGUACCAGUAGCAGUGUUGUUAGCGGCAAUAUUUAUAUUUCGUGUGAUUGUGUGUUUUGAGUUAGUCUUUUAAGCGCCUCGAGAGAUAACGGGACCCCGAAGCGGGCCGCUGGCUCGGGUGAAGCCUACGCUCUUGCCUGAGCGGCUCGGCCGUGGAGGUUCGGGGGAGCCGGGGCCAUGGGCGCCCUGACGAGCCGGCAGCACGCAGGCGUGGAGGAGCUCGACAUCCAAGCCAACGCUUUCUACAGAUACCCACCAAAGACGGGCAAUUAUUUUGCAAGCCAUUUCAUAAUGGGCGGAGAGAAGUUUGAGACAAGUACUCCUGAAGGUUAUUUGUUUGGAGAAAAUACAGAUCUCAACUUCCUGGGAAACAGGCCAGUACCGUUUCCUUACCCUGCACCUCCACCCCAUGAGCCCGUCAAGACUAUACGCAGCCUCGUAAACAUCAGGAAAGAUUCGCUACGUCUCGUCAGGAUUACAGAUGAAGCAGAAACUCCUAAUGCCGAUUCAUUAAAAUCCGAAUUCAGCUACAACGUAGAGUUUGUGUUUGACUCGGAUGUGCAGGUGGCCAUAACCAUCUAUUACCAAGCUACAGAGGAAUUUCACAAUGGCAUUAUCAUGUAUACGGCAAAGCAUCACCUGCGUCAAUCAGAGACGGUUCUCUGCAAGGGAGGAGUGAGCCAACUCUUCUCCCAGACAUCGCAUGUCAUUGACCCCUCUGAGUGGAACCCAGAAGAGCUGACCUUUGACUUGGAGCGUGAUGUUUACCCCAUGGUGAUCCAUGCGGUUGUGACGGAGGGGGAAGAGUAUAUCGGACAUUCCCACGUGCUUCUCGCUACAUUUGACAAGCACACGGAUGGAAGCUUCUUUGUAAAGCCGCUCAAACAGAAACAAGUGGUGGACGGAGUGAGCUACUUACUGCAGGAAAUCUACGGGAUUGAAAACAAGGGGAGCGUGCAAGAGCUUAAGACGUGUGAAGAUGACAUCAGCGACAACAGCACGGAGUGCGUCGUCUGCCUGUCGGACAUCCGGGACACGCUCAUCCUGCCGUGCCGCCACCUCUGCCUCUGCAGCGCAUGUGCCGACACUCUGCGAUAUCAGGCUAACAAUUGCCCCAUCUGCCGGCUGCCGUUCCGCGCGCUGCUGCAGAUCAGGGCCAUGCGCAGGAAGUCGUGCUCAGUCGCAGCGGUCAGCUACAGCCCCGUGCUGGCCUCGCAGUCGUCCGACAACGACGAGCGCACGAGCUGCGAGCAGGUGCACAUGGGCUACGAGGUGAUGUCGCUGCUCGAAGCUCUCAACGGACCGCUCUCGCUAUCCAUGCCGGCGGGUCCCCCGCCCGUGGCACACGAGGGCAACUUCCCGAGCCUGCCCUCGUCCUCCUCCCUGCCUUCCAGCUUGCCCGUCUCUCCUGCCGGCUCCCUCUCCCGCUCCGGCAGCCGUGACAGCACGCGCAAGAAGCUCACCCCAAAGACCUUGUCCCGAGACUCGUCGGUCAUCAGGGAUGACGAUGAGAAAGACGAGGAGACGGACCUGCGGGCGUCCUGCCACCGUUCCGUCACGUGUUCCCUGCGCAACAUCACGCUCCUGCAGGACUGUGGAGUCACUCCAGAACACGAGAACAUCACUGUGUCUUCCGGACCCAUGGACCCAUCCUCCUGCACCAUAACACCUUCCUCUUCUUUGCUCACCUCACCAGAAGACCAGUUCAGUAGCAGCCUACCGCACUCGGCCAUGUCGCUAGCGUCGUCCCUGAGCCACCGCUCGCGGCUCACGGCGGACACGCUCUCAACGCUGUCGGCCUCCUAUCCAGUUGUGACGGACGACGAGGGCGAGGGGCCACCCACGCCGCCCGGCGAGCCACGGGAAAAUGUUUUUUUAGAGGAAGGUGAUUCUGCAGCAGAAGGAGAAGGUAUUGGAGAAGGCUGGCACGGUAGAACGGUAAGGGGACUGUUCCUCCCCGCCAACAAUAACAACACCACGGUGGUUGAGGUGGAAAGUGGCCACAGCGUGUGGGAUGCCUUGCCUGGAACGCCGGCUUCGUGCAGUAGCACGGAGAGCAGGGGGAGCUGCAGCAGCAGCAAGCAACUGCUCCCGAUGCUGCCCGACGAGAGGCCGGCUGAUUCUGCUGCAGCUCUCGCCUCCCCACGCACAUUCAUGUAGGGGGCAACACGUCCUGGGCCUAACGGCAUGCAGCGGCCGUUGUGUGUGCACCAGCUCACUGCCAACGCUUUGCUUUGCGUUCGGUUAUAGGCGAGGGCAGCUUUAAGGGCGCACACACCGCGCAAUAUGUCCCCCACGAUCGCGAAGCUCAAUUGACGUAGCUCCCGCUCGAGCUAACGCUGAUCGCCAGGGGGCCUACGGGAACACAUAAUUUCAGUUUUUUCUAUCAUUCUGUUUGUCGCGGGAGCAAUCUCGGCAGUGACGACAACUAUGCUUACAACAAAGGGACCGUCGUAAUAUUUCCGGUGGGGUAAUAGCUAAUUUUACAACCUCUGCUCCCGACCAAGGUGAUUUGUCCCCCUGAAGUUGACGCAAAUCCAAUAGUGUGCAUCGAUCCAUUUCGUUACUUUAAAAAGCCAAGAAGGGUCCAUUGAGACGUCACUCCUCUCACCUAAAGCAGGGAGACCUGCGCUAUAACGAGGCGAGCAACAAUCAUUUUCAUAGUAAUUGGUGCGAGAGCAAUGUGCAUGCUUACCAAAGUAAGAUGGCAAGAGCGGGGUGGACACUGUGACUCGUGAAAUUGAAAAUACCAGGAUAACGUAACGAAGGAAACAGUGGCGAAUCAUACCAACAAAGUAAACCCCUAUUCAGUUAAAUAAUCAUUAAGCCGUGUUCACCAAAUACGUAUGUACAGUACUACAUAGUUAGCCAAGUUAGGGGCACUAUUGCAUGGGCUGUUACUGUAAUUUGAAACACUGAAACAUUGUUCAAUUAUUGCAUUGUAAAGUUUGCAUUGGACAUUGCAUGUUGAACAUGAUAUAUGUUUUUGCAUAUGUUGCACUAUACAUUAUAACACGUUAAAGGAAAUAGCUUAAUAUAUAGCUAUUUGUGUUUGUUUUCUUUUGCGUUAUUUGCUGAAUGCUGCCUAUAAAGCUUGUGUUUUGCAUGAUUGCAGAACGUAGGUUUGCUGUUACCGUUUUACCAUUGCAGCUUUAUGUUUUUUGGAAAGUGUUCCGUAUUGUUGAGCCUUCUGGUUUCAUAACUCCCAAAUGUGCAGGGUUAUCUAUUGUAGUGUUCGAUUGAAAAAAGGGAAAAUGCUUUUGAGUGAAGGGUCCUUGACAGACAAAAGGUGAAAUUAACCACGUGAAAUGAAUACGUUAAUAACGCAAAAUAAAUGAGAAGCACAUGGAUAUACAGUAUAUUUUUAUUUUGUAAAAUAUCAACAAAGGGAGAUUAACGAGUUUGUGAUACAGAGUUGAAAGUAUUUGCACAUUAAAUACUAUUUACUUUUAGAAUUGUAGCCACAAAAGGCGAGUUUGAAUUAUUUAUUUGUUUGCAUUCACGUGUGCUUGUGUGUGCUUUUUUAGAACAUUUAUAUUUCAUUAUUGUAGCUUGAGUUACAGGACACAUGGUCCUCUGAUUCACAACUUGAUGACGUUCAUUGGCAACUUAUCAGAAGUGGACUUAAUUGUUUCUGCUGCAAAAAAAAAUCAAUGGAGACCUACCAUCCAAGGUAAUCUUAAGCAGAAAAGGCAGUGCAUAGUUAACCACCCCCCAAACUCGGGUGGUUAACUGUGAAUACUGCUCAAUGCGAGUCAUAUCUAAGACCCUUUAUCAGUCUAUUAGCACAACGGUGACCACUGCUCGUGGCUAUUUCACAUGAAGGUACACAUACAGUUAUAUUCCAAGUAUUACACUAUGCAAUACGCAUGCAAUAAGCAUUCUACCGCAAUGUGAUUUCAAUGUAUGAUAUAUCUCGCCGAUGUAUUGGCUAUUUCACUGCGUAUUAAAUCACGAAUAUACACGAGCGGUUGUCACUUCUGAGUUGCAAAGUUGAUAUUCUAGCAGCAGCAAUCUUGAAUGGAGCAUUCGGAACAAUUGUGCUGUCUGGCCAUUGCUAAAACGACGCUCCACUAAAGCACGGAGUACACAUUUAACCGUGUGAUCUUUGAAACAAUGAGCCUUAUAGUCCCUUGGUGUGCUGCCUUGCAAUGCUAGUCUGCUUUGCAGUGUCAUCAUCAUGCUAAUUGAUGCACGUUUCAACAAUGACUGGAGAUAGUUGAUUUUUGGGCUGUAAUUAAUUGUCAAGAAUAUACAGUAUAUAAAAUAAACAAGUAUGCCCCAU